AUGGGGAAUGUGACAUCUUGUGCUCCUUCCAUAAUCUCAUCAAGUGGAGCAGUGAAGGUCAUAUUCAGCGAUGGAAGAUUUGAAGUCUACACAAAACCAGUAAAAGCAGCAGAUAUCAUGCUUGAGAACCCUGGACAAUUUGUCUGCGAAUCCAGCACCCUCAAAGUUGGCCACAGGAUUCAAGGCCUUCUAGCAGAUGAAGAGCUUGAGCUGCGGCGCCAGUUCUACUUCCUCCUUCCCAUGGAGCUCCUCUACUCGGUCCUUACACUCGAGGAAAUGAGCUCUCUCUCUUACAGAUCUUCCAAGGCUUUAAAGCAUGGAAGCUUCAACAACUUGGGCAAGAUCUUCCCUGUGCUUGGGGAAUUUUGCAUGUUUCCUUCUGAAGCCAAGACAUUAAAUGGUGAUCAAGACACAGAUCAUCAUGAUCUUCAGCAAGAACCAGUCCUGCAGAGGUACUCAAAGCAGAGAUCAUGGAAGUCUGCGUUGGAGACUAUUGCUGAAACACCAUGUAGACAAUCAUGA